AUGGUGGGGGCUUUCUCUGCUGUGGGUUCAUCAAUGGUUGAUUCUCAUACUCGUUCAUGCCUGUGUUUGGAUGUGAUGCCUUCAAGAAAUUUGAGGAGGGGAGAUUGGAUUUUUCCUAGGAAUUCGAUGGGUAGAAAGCAUAGGCCUCGUCCAGGUUCAUUGGAUAUGAGCAGCUCAUUUCUUGAUUAUUCUUCAGUGAAGGCUCUUUCAGUCACCAAGAAUUUGAAAAAACAGAAUAAAAUGAGGAGUGUGAUUGUGGAUGAAUUGGCUGGACAGUAUGAAGACAAUUUUGGAGAUGUCACCUCUCAAAUUCUCAACUAUUUCACUUACAAAGCCGUGAGGACUGUCUUAAACCAGCUUUAUGAGAUGAACCCUCCACAAUACCGAUGGUUUUAUGAUUAUGUUGCAACAAAUGAGCAUGGUUAUGGAAAGCGCUUCCUUCGUAACCUUGGAAAGGAGAAGCACGAGCUUGCUGAAAGAGUAAUGGUUACACGCCUUAACCUGUAUGGAAAAUGGAUAAAGAAAUGUGAUCACGCUGCAAUAUACAAAAGGAUCUCCGAUCAAAAUUUGGAGUUGAUGCGCGAACGCCUCAUUGAGACUGUGAUAUGGCCGUCUGAUGACACAAACACAGAGAUACGGACGGCAUUGUCAAAACUUCAGGAAUUCUGUAAAGGCUUUUAUAUGAAGAAGGAUACAUGA